AUGGCACCCUUCGAUCUCGACGCUUGUAUCCAACAGCUUCUACGGAAACAACUACUACACGAAGCCCUACUUCGAGAAAUAUGCGAGAAGACCAAAGAAGUACUAAUGAGGGAGUCCAACGUCGUCCACGUUAGCGCCCCAGUGACCGUAGUUGGCGACAUCCAUGGAGAUAUUUCGAAUAGGAGGAUACGCUCCACACACAAACUACUUGUUCCUCGGUACAGUCCUCGUAUGGCCCUGGCAAAGGGACAGGGAUUCACAUUAAUCCUUGAAGGCGACUACGUGGACCGCGGUCUCUUCAGCGUCGAGACAAUAUCUCUGCUGACGUGCCUCAAGCUGCGGUACCCUGAUCGUGUACAACUUAUCCGAGGGAAUCAUGAAUCGAGAGCUGUAACGCAGACCUACGGAUUCUAUUCGGAAUGCGUUCGAAAAUACAACUCAUCUCAUGUUUGGACGUACUUUACCGACAUGUUUGACUUCUUAACUCUGUCCGUGGUGAUUGACAACCAGAUAUUCUGUGUGCAUGGCGGACUAUCCCCUUCAAUUCACUCCAUCGAUCAGAUCAAGGUUGUCGAUAGAUUUCGAGAAAUUCCCCACGAAGGCCCAAUGGCCGACCUCGUUUGGUCGGAUCCUGACCCAGAGAAGGAGGACUUUGCAAUAUCUCCUCGAGGGGCAGGGUACACCUUCGGUGCCGGCGUCGUCCACAAGUUCCUCCAGCAAAACCAGAUGUCCCAUAUCCUUCGAGCACAUCAGCUAUGUAUGGAAGGCUAUGCUUCCCUAUUCGACAAGCACCUGUCAACCGUAUGGUCGGCACCAAACUAUUGCUAUCGGUGUGGCAACUCCGCGAGUAUUUUGGAGGUGGGCCCCGGCGGCAGUAUGUACUUCAAUGUGUUUGAAGCUGCUCCGGAGAACGAACGAGAUGGCCCGGCUCAGCAAGCACAGCAAAAUGCAUCCGGAAGGCUACCGGAAUACUUUCUAUGAUUUAUACUAUGCUAGAUUACUAGCGUUUAGAUGUAAUAUAUGGGAGGCGCCUUUCGGAUCAGCGUCCUAUUGCUUUACG